CAGAUGCCCGAGCUGCAGGAAUACGUGGACUAUGUGCGCGCUCUCAGUGAGGUCAUCCAGCAGUGCUAUCGCCCUCUGAGCCCCAGUGAAGAAAGUCUGGAAAACAUGCUCUUAGACACCUGGGAUGCUUUUGCGUACCAGCAGCGGGAGGUCUCCGACUUCAUCGUUUCACGCCGCCUGAGCAUCAUUGCUGAGCUCAGCAGCUCCCUCCAGGAAGCCACUCGGGAGCUCCAGGAACUGCUGGCCACGGUCACCUUAGGCCGCUUCCAGGACCCGACCCAGAACCCUCGUGUCAUGGAGGAUGAGCUGAUGCGAAUCCUGCAGCACUUUCAGGCUGUGGUGGGACGUGUCACGGACCUCUGCCACUCGCAGCGGAUUCUGACAGGGGGACGCACGGACUUCUCCCUCCUCACCGGGCAGCAGGAGGUCAUCGAGAUCCACAUCCAUGUCUGGCAGUUGUUCCGCAUCGUUUCUGAGCAGAUCAAGGAGUGGAAGUGCUUGGCCUUCGUCAAGUUCAGUGCCCCUCUGGCCCUGGAGAAGACGGAGGAGUGGCAGAAGGAGGGGGCCCGGCUAGAGUGCUCUCUGCCCAGCCACCACCGCGUCAUACAGGCCUGCCUCUCGGCCAUUGCCAACUUCCAGAAGUAUCUGCCCUUGCUGCUGAAGCUCGGGAGCCACUUCCUGAAGGUCAGCUGCUGGAAAGAGAUCUUCGCUGUGAUGGGUGCCAAGUGCCCAAUGAAUAUGCAGUUCACUCUGGGCCAGCUCUUCUCCUACCCGCUGCUGGAAUAUAGCGAUGCCAUCUUCAGGGUCUAUGCCCACGAGAAAAGCCGCCACCAUGCUAGAGACACUCUCCUGCGUGUCCAGAGGACCUGGAUGGCCAAGCAAUUCCGUCUCGUCAAUUUCAUCCUCAACGUGCCGUACCAGGAACCGCAGCCGGAACGCUUCCGGCGCCCAAUUAGCGGCCGCCAGCGUACGGCCAAGCUUGAGUACAUCUCCAAGGACAGUGGCACUUUUGUGCUCGUUUGGGCUGAGCAUGGCCCUGGGGAGCAGGGGCCUCUUACCUGUCCACCAGGCCCUUUCAUGCUGCUUUGCUUGUUUCCUUCCUUUCUGGGCAUGGAAGCCCAUUGUCAGCUACUCUUUCCUGGUGGGAACCUCCCUCCCUCUUCCCCCUCACGUGAAGUGGCGGGGGAAAGAACAUUGUGCUUAAUUUGGGCCAAAUGUCCAGACCACCCACCCUUCCUCUUGGGCUGCCCCCCAGAUACCACUGAACUGAAGGCUGCUGUGGAGCAGAGCAUCCUAAUCCUCCAGAACAUGAUCCUGUCUCCCUUCUCCUCCGACAUCCUGGAAGAGGCCAAGAGCUGGGCGUCCAUCCUGCAUGCUUUUGAGUCCCUUUUGUAUGCCUGGGUGAGUUUCCAACAGAAGUGGGUCUUCCUGAACAUCGUUCUUUAUGAGAUGAACAUCACCCUCCCCAGCUCAGAGCUGGAUUCUCGGUUCCAGCGACUGGAUGCCCAUUUCCGGGAGGUCAUGCGGCUGACGUGCAACGAUCCCCUAGUGCUGUCCUGUGUCCAGUUAGGGCCAGGCUCUAGCCGGGACAGCCGCUUCAUUGGGGCCGCACUGCAGGCAGCUUUCCGGGAGGGCUCAGCCAACCUACAGGGCCUAAUCCGGGCGCUGGACUACGUUCUGGAGGCCACUCGCAUGAGCUUCCCCCGCCUGUUCUUCCUGAGCAACGAGGAACUGGUGGCCAUGCUAUCCACAGCCAAUGAAACUGCAGACGCCUCGGCUUGGUCCCAACGCUGCUUCCCUGGGGUGUGCCAGCUGGACCUGCUCCUGCCCGCAACUUCGCCAAGCCUGGAUGCUGUCUCUGCUGAGCUGCCCCUGGUGCAGGUGGUCGGCCUGCUGGGCAGCCACGGUGAGAACCUGCAGCUGUGCAGCCCAGUCCCCCUUGGCCGGAAAGCCACCCAGUGGCUCUGCGUUCUGGAGCACCACAUGAAGGAGUCUGUCUUUAACCAGCUGCAGGACUGCGUGACACAGCGCCUGGCUCUCAGGCCGCAGCUGGAUUUGGCCUUUGAGCGGCGCCCUGGGCCCACAGAACUGCCCCUGCACUUGGUGGCCGAAUGCUGGGCGGGGCUGGGAAACACCUUCCCCACCCAAUGCGUGCUAUUGGCCGAGGAGGCACUGUGGCGGGUGGCGGCAGAAGAGGCCUUCUUGAACCGACGGCUGCGGAAGGGGCUGGAGCUCAGGCUUAGCCUGAAGCUGGAGGCCCUAGUUCACUACAUCCGGAAUUACCGCAGUGUCCACACCUGGGACCCAGAGCAAGACCACCUGGGCAUGUUGCUGGGGGCCCUGAUCAUCCUCACCAUCCGACAACGUGACAUCAUCUCCCAGCUGCUCAAGCGCGAGGAAGCCUCUGUCCACCACUUUGAGUGGGCCCGGCACCUCAAGUACAGCGUCCACCUGCUGCCUGAGAAAGCCCGGGCACUGGGGCUCCCUCCAAAUUGCUCCUGGGUGGGCAGUCCUCCUGGCUGCUGGGCCGAAGUCCUUGACAGGUGCUUCCCUUAUGGCUACGAGUUUCUGGGCACCAGCUCACAGCUGCUGGGCAGCCCUUUGCUGGACAGGACCUUCCUGGGACUCCUGCUAGCCUUGGAGGAGUUCUGCUGCGGGGCCCUGCUGGGCCGGUCGGACAUGGGCAAGUCUCACACAGUGCGGGGCCUGGCCCAGUUUCUGGGCCGCCACCUGGUCCCGCUGCACUGCACCAGGCUAAUGUCUAUCGGCUGCCUCUCCCGGCACCUGUGUGGGGCAGUGCAUUCGGGGGCCCUGCUGCUGCUGGAGUCUGUCGAGCGUCUGGAACCCGCCGUGCUCUCUGCUAUCAGCCACCGCCUGGUCGACCUGCAGAGGAUGUGCCUGAACUUCCAAGAGGGGAGCAGGGUGACCUCGGCCGUUUUCCCCCCAGCCAGCCCAGGUUCCGAGAGCUCAGAGAGCUCAGAGGAGAGCGAGGCACAGCCUGUUGGUAUGCCAGAGCUGGGCACCGAUGAAGCCGAGCCCUUUCAGCCACGAGUGCUGGGGAACAUCCUUUUUGGGGGGAGGCUGCUGCGUGUGCGGGAGACGUAUGGCUGCGUGGUCACCCUGGAGUCUCUUCCAGAGCAGCUGUGCCUGGCCCUGCGCCCCUUGGCGGUGCUGCCCCCUGACCUAACGAGACUUGCGGAAGUCAUGCUACUUGUGGCCGGCUUCCGAGAGGCCACCCACCUGGCGGAGAAGCUCUGUGGUUUCCUUCGGUUGGAGAGGAUGCUCAGCCCCGGGCCCCACUUCAGCAGCCCCUCCCUCAUCCGGAAGGUGAUUGGGACAGCCAUCGACAUUUUGUUUGCUCCCACAGCAGCAGGGCAAGACCCUCCCCCUUCCAGAGCCAAGCCUUCUCCCCGGACAGCCUUCUUCCUGGGUCUUGAAGAGGAGCCCGCCUUGGUGAAGGCUCUCUGCCGUUCGCCCUUGCUGACUGGCCCCGAGGGUCCCCGGCUGCACAAUGUGCGGGAGCUGCUCCACGAAGUCUUCCCCGGUGCCUCCCUUCCCCCUUCCGAGCAGCUGCCCCCUCGGCUGCAGAGCGCCCUGGUGGCUCAGUUGCAGGAGGACAAGCUGCAGCCAGACCCAGACCUCCUGCUGGCUGCCGGUCAGCUCUCCCAGGCCUUGCAGGGGGCCAACGGCGUCCUUCUGCUGGGGCCCUCGGGAAGUGGCAAGACCACCACCUGGCGGACUUUGUCCAAGGCCCAGAGUAAGCUGGCAGCCAGUGAUGCCACGCCAGACAUGCAGGGUCCGGGUGCCCGGGAAAAGGCGCCCUUCCGGCCUGUAAGUACUGUCUGCUUGUGGCCCAACGCCCUGAGCGUGUCUGAGUUUGUGGGCAACCUGGAAGGCAGCCUGUGGCAGGACGGGGUCUUCUCCCAGAUCUUGCAACGGGCGGCCACCUCGGCUGCCGCUUGUGGGACCGGCGAGGGCAGCUCCCAGCUGUGGUUGGUGCUGGACGGCGCUGCUUGCCAAGAGUGGCUGGAGCCCAUCUCCUUGCUCUUCAGCGCCAGGUCUUUCCUCAGCCUGCCCAACGGGCAGAGGCUGCAGGCCCCCAAGAACCUCCGCUUCCUCUUUGAGAUGCUGGAUGCUUCGGAGAUGCCCCCCUCGGUCUGCACCCACUGCGCCCUGCUGCACCUGGAGGGCUCCCAGCUCUGGCAGAUGCUGCUCUCCUCGGCCUUCGCCCCCGCGCAGCACAAGUACAGCCUCCCUCUGGAGACGCUGGCUCUGCUGCACGGCCUGGCCAAGGAGCUCUUCCCGGCCACCAUGGCCUUCCUGCAUCAGCACUGCUGCCCGGCCCUACUGCCCCACGCCCACCCCCAGCACCCGCUGGCCCAGGGGGUCCAGGAGACCACGGCCUUCGCCAAGAUCUUCCAGGCGCUGCUCAAGCACUACAUGCGCCGCGACCAGGUCAAGCCCCGGCCGGCUGUCAAGGUGGCCACAGGUAAGGAUGGCCUGCUGGAGAGCGGGAAGGGGCCGGGCGCUCUUCCACAAAGAGCCCAGGUAACAUCACCCCCCCCCGCCUUCUCCCUUCCAGAAAUCAGAUCCAGGAUGCGCCCCAGCUCGAAGGACCACAGCCUGGAAGAGGCCCCCACCCACCAGCCCCUGCUGGCCCAGAGCAUCUUUGUCUGCGCCUACAUUUGGGGCUUUGGGAGCCACCUCCAGACCAGGUAUUGGCCUCUCUUUGACCACUUUGUCCGCCGGGCCCUCCGCAACAGCAGCUUGUCCAUCCACCUCCCUGCAGCAGUUUCGGCUUUUGACCUGUAUCCUGUGGCCGAGGACGGCACUCUGAGGCCUUUCAACGGCCGUUACCUGCACAGUUACCUGAAGGCUCUUCCUGUGGGCUACUCAGUGUUGCCCCAGCACGAGCGAGUGCUUUUUGUCCUGAACUUGCUCCUGGGCUCAGAGCAGCCCAUUCUCCUGGUUGGGGAGCCGGGCUGUGGAAAAUCCACCUUUGCCGAGAUGCUUGUGCAGCCCAAUUACUUGUUCCAGCGGGUGUUCCUCACGCCGGCGUUCAGCACAGGGCACCUGCGCCAGCUGCUGCACAGGAGGUGCCAGUCCACCCUGCGGGAGAAAGGCCUCUUCCCCAGCGGCAAGCCCACUUGGGGUGCAGCCAGCAAAGCCCACUUCCUCUUCCUGAUGGAGGAUUUGCACCUGGCUUUUGUUGAUCCAGUCCGAGGCACCAGCCCUGUGAUUGAGUCUCUGCGCCAGACCCUCACUCUCCAGCAGUUCUACCACGCCGAGACUCUGGAGCUGCAGCAGUGCCCAGCCACCGGUUUCAACUACUUCGGCACGCUGUCCGUCCCAAUCCCUGGCAGCCUUCCGCUUUGUCCUCGUUUCGGCAGGCUUUUCAGCACGGUGGUGCUCCCGGACAUGAACAGGGAGUCUUUGCUCAGCAUGCACAUUGGCACGGUUUUAACUUGGCUGGAGAAAUUCCCUCUGCUGACCCGGCAUAACGAGUUGGCCUCCGCCGUGGUCAAGGCCACCCUGGACACUUACGAAGCGGCGAGAAGGAGGUUCCACCCGUCCCCUGCCUGCUGCCUCUUCCAGUUCUCCCUGCAUGAUGUUGCGAAGGUGAUCAAGGGGAUGCUUCUGCUGCGGCCCCGUCCAGGGGUUCACCUGAGCACCCCCCUGGAAGACCACGGCUCCAAGGGGUCAGGCUCCAGGCGCACCUCUACCAUGGCGAGGCCAGCCGUGGGCGCAGGGUACACUGCAGCACUCAGCACCCGGUUGAUCCUCCGACUUUGGAUGCACGAGAGCCUGCGCACCUUCUGUGACCCUCUGCGAGGAAAACAGCAGCGGGGACUCUGUGAGCAGAUGCUGUUGGAAACCGCCACCACCCUCUUCUGCGCCAAGCACUCUGUCCUGCGGGCGUCUCCCUCCCUCACUUCCUCUCUCCACACACGCACCACCGUCCAGUUUCGCAGCACAUCUGAAUCCUCCCUGACCACAGCUUCUGUGGGGGAGGAGGACCAUCUCCUUUGGACUCUGCAAGCUGAGCCUGAGUUCCCGUACAGUGGGGAGAUGGGCUACCCGAACUCCUGGGACUCCGUGGAGCAGGCCCCAGCCCUGGCGCUUGACCCACCGGACCCCUCUCCUUGGGAAGAAGUGGACGCCCUGGGAGAAUCAGAAACCGAGGCCCUCGAAACGGAACCCGAGGAAGCGGAUGCGGGAAAGAGGCCGAGCAGUGGGAGGCCCGGCCAACUCAGGGUGCCUGAGUCUCACGCCACCCCCCACCGGUCUUUCCUCCUGCGGGUCAAGCGCCGCAGCUCAGGCAGGAAAGAAAGUGGCGGCCCACUGCUGCCGCUCCAUCACCUGCUCCUGCAGGGCGAGUCCCCAGCAGAUAUUGUCUUCAGCAAGGACCUGGGCCCUGACUUCCACUGCCCCACCGCUCACAAUCCCUAUCAGGAGAAGCUCUGGAGGACCCUAGAGACGCAGCUGGGCUCUUGCCUGCCUCCUGGCUUCCUGCUGUGCUCAGAUGUCCUAAAGCAUGUGGUGCGGCUGGCCCGUCUGCUUUGGGGCCCAGACAGGCACGGGGCCCUGGUAUCUUUUGCCCGGUGCACUGGGCGGCAGUCCCUGGUGGCUCUGGUCGCUUGUGCCACAGACACUCUGCUCGUGAACCUGCCAGCAAAGGCCAGUGAGGCAGAGGCCUUGGCGCUACUGAGGUCGGCAAGCUGGCAGGCUGGAAUUACGGGGAGGCGAGUAAUGGUGCUGGUGCACUCAGGAGUGAGUGUGGCCAUCUUGCACCAGGUCCUGGCGCUGAUGACUGAAGGCACCUGCCCUGGACUUUCCAACCCAGACGAUUCCACGGCCGUCAUCCAGGCCAUGCUGCAGGAGAACCAGAGCAUCAAGCGCAACAUGCGGGAGGACCUCGUGCUGCAGAAGUUUUUCCAUUUGGUGCGUUCCAACUUGCACGUGUUGCUGCUCUUGGGGGCUCCUGGGUCCUUGGCGCUCCCACCCCUCACAGCCGCGGCAUUGGCUCAGUCGCUCUGCACCUUGGAGCUCUACCAGAACUGGAACCAGGAGUCCUUGCUGCAGGUGGCCUCCAAGCGCUUGAAGGGCCACUUCAAGAGCGCCCUACGGUUCACCCGAGUGUCUUGCCUGCCAGAGCCCCUGUCCUUGCAUGCCCAGAAGGAGCUGCUGCACAACAUCUCCGUGGCUGCGUCCCAGAUCCACUCCUCGGCAGCCGACUACGCCUGCUCCCUGGCCGACAGGCUGCCCCUCGUCAGCCCCAAGAGCUUUCUGGAUUUCCUGGACUCCUACGUCUACCUGUUGGACAGCCUGCAGGAACAAGUCAGCAGGAGAGCCGAACGCAAAUGGUCCAGAGCCAGAAGGAGGUGGAAAGGGAACAAGAGGUGCUGAAGCAGCAGGAGGUGGAGUGCCAGAAGUUCGAGGAACGCAUCAACUUCCUGACCAAGAAAAAAGACAAUUUGGAGAAGAAGAAGGAGAUGGCCAUGAAGAAGGUGAGUCAGGACUACAAAGCUGCCCUGGCCGCACUGCGAGUGCAGGACAUCGAGGAGCUGCGGAGCUACCGGCAACCCCCCGCUUUGGUGGUCCAGGUGACCGACCCCCUCUGCCUGAUGUUCCAGGUGGAGCCCGGGUGGGAGAGCGCCAAGCUUCUGCUCAACAGGGAGGAUUUCUACCAGGAUCUGGUCUUUUACCCCAAGGAGACUCUCGGCGCGGAGCUCUUCCAGGCUCUGGGUGAAGUGGUUGACCAGGAGGGUUUGUCUGUGGCUGCCAUCCAGAAUGCCAGCCAAGCGGCCGCAGCUCUGUAUCAAUGGAUCUGCUCCGUCUACUGGUACCGGUGGGCGCUGCAGGAGUGGCAGCCGGCCAUGCUGGAGCUGCAGUCCUGCGAGGACCAGAUCAACGUGGAGAAAGUCGGCCUGGGUGACCGGCGCCUACACUCGGAGUACCUGCGGGACACCACCCAGGCCCGCCUCAGGGAGCUGAGGCAGAAGCAGGAGCACCAGGAGAAGCUGCUUCAGCAGCUCACGCAAUCCUUGCAGGCCAAAGAGGAGGCCAGCACAGUGGAGAGCUCUGUGGCUGAGCAUCUGGCCAGCUGGACGGCCGUAGCCAAGGACCUGGAGUGCCAGCAGAGAACGGUGCACGGCAAUGCCCUUCUCUGCUCGGCUAUCAUCUCGUACCUGGGUCCCUUUGCUCCACCACGGCGGAAAGAGCUGCUGGAGAAGUGGGAGGCCGUGUGCGAAGGAUCCCAGGUUCUUCUGGGCCCCUGUGACGUCAGCUGGCUCCUGCAGAAGGAAUUGUCCUGCCCGGGCCAGGCACCCUCCGGCCCGCCCCUGCUCCCGCUGCAGAAGCCGCUGAAGGUGGCCGCUUUGCUCAGCUCGACUCAGCAGCAGCGCCUCUGGGAUCGGCUCUACAAGCCGAAGGAUGCUGAGAGCCGCCUCGUUGCCAUGAUCAUUCAUUCCAGCGUCCACCUGCAGGCCCACCGGUGGCCUCUCUUGGUGGAUCCGGACAAGCAGGCCCAGACGUGGCUGCUGAUGACUUCCUCUUUAGAAGCAGAGGAGUCCCAGGCCCGGGUCCUGUCUGAUCUGAUGCCGGACAUGGUGGAGCAAGGGGGCGGCGAUGAGAUCCCAGAGGACAACCUGGAGAUCCUGUCCCUGACCAGCCCUGACCUCGAGGAGAGCCUCAAGGCAGCCAUCAAGUUUGGCAGCCCUGUCCUUCUGACGGACUUCGAGAAGGACGUUCCCUGGUGUCCGGCCCUCCAGCAGCUGAUAGAGAAGGAAUCCUUUAGGGGCUGCCCAGAGGGCAAAAUUUUCUUCCCUGCCUCCGAGGAGGAUGGAGCAGAAGCCGAGCACCUGUCCAUCCCGCCCUCUUUCUCCCUGUAUCUGUGCACCGAGCUGCCUCUUCAAUCCUUGGUUGCAGGUAAGAAAGGAACCCACCAAGAUCACCCAAAUUGCUGUCCCAGAAUUUGGGCAGGCUUAGGUGUGGAUGAGAAGAUGGAUAGUUGCGUAAAGGAUUUCCCUGUUUGUUUUUAUUAUGGAAUAUUUUUCAAUAUUUUUAACAGCUUGUUUUUCUUAUACACGGCCCAGUGUCCCAUUUGGGAGUCCAGCCGCUGUGUAAAAGAGGAGAACGACAGAAGUAGCCAGAAAUGGGUGGUGGGCAUAGAGGUUCAGUCCACCACGAGGAGGCCUGUGCAGAGAGGGAAAGGGGCUGACCAUUCGCUGCUGAAGAGGCUGAACCUCAUCGACCUCAGCCUCAGCCGGGAGGCCCUGGAGGACCGGCUCCUGGGCGAAGUGCUGCACGUGGAGCGCCCGGAGAUCCGGAAGAACCAGCAGAUCUUGUAUCUCGGGAUCUUGCAGCUGGAAGGCAAGCUGGAGGCCACGGAGGAGGAGCUGAUGGACCUGAUUUCACAGCCGCAGCGGUCGCUCCUGGAGGAAGAGAACUUCAUGCCGAUUGUGCAUCUCCUCCAGACCCAGAUCCAGGCGCUGCACGCCACGCACAGGAACAUGGUCUCCCAGUACCAGGACCAGGCUGUGCUGUGUGGCAGGUAUCGGCCGGUGGCCUGCCUGGCAGUGGGGCUGCACGAGGCGCUGCAGCAAGUGGGCCGCCUUCACCCACUCUACCGCUUCCCCACCGAAUUCUGCAUCAGCCGCGUGCGGCAAGCCCUGAUCACAGGCAAGCGCCAGGAGGCCAGCAAGCAGGAGUCCCUGGAGGCCCGGCUGCUGGAGCUCAGCAGGAUGGUGCUCUGGCAGCUGCUCACCCAGGCGCUGCCCUGCCUGCAGGAGGCACACCGCCCGCUCUACUUCUUCCUGGGAGCCGUGGCCAUGCUGAGAGUGGCGGGGGACGUCAGCCCUCUGGAGUGGCUGGCCUUCACCCACGGCCUGCAAGACCCCGCUGCCAAGGCCCUCCUCCUGCCCCUGGAACCCGGCUCGCCCUGCCCCGACUGGGUGAGUGAGGAGGCUUGGGAGGAAUGCCUCUUGCUGGAGAACCUUCCUGGCUUCCAUGGACUGCCGGCCUCUCUGGCCGAGAAGGCGGUGCAGUGGCAGGAGUACUUCUCUCUGCCCUCCACGGUGGUGGGGCCGGCUCUGUGCCCCAGCCAUGCACACCUCGGCCCUUUCCAGCGUGCCAUCCUUUGGCGCAUUCUAUGUCCCGGGGCCUUGUGCCAGUUGGUCUCCGAUCUUACCACCUGCUUAUUGGGCUGGUCUUUCACUGAAAAAAUGGCAGCCAUCAAUCCCUACUCCUAUAGCCGCGCCAACAAGCCAAUCAUAUUGGUCAGGGCCCCGGCCAGAUCGCAGGUUUCCUUUACGCAUCCUUUGCUCUGGAUCCAGCAGAUGGCAGCCCAGCGGGGACGGCGGGGGACAGUGGUCGUCAUCUCCUUUGGUACCCCAGAUGCCUCCCAGCGUGUCCAGAAAACGCUGCCCCUUUGCACCAAGAAGGGGAAGUGGCUGGUCCUGGACAACUGCCAGCUGUUGGACAGCUGGGACCCUGAGGUUCUGCUGCAGUUGGACUUGGUACUGACUACCACAGCAGGACUGAGCAGAGCGGGGCCCCUGGAAGUCAACCCCAAGUUCCGGCUCUGGCUCAUCACAACACUCGAUGCCCGCAACUCUGUGCCAGCCCUUCUGUUCCUCCACGUGCCCAGGGCCCGUGCACCGCAAUGCCACCACCUUCUUCUGCGAGAUGCCCCUGGAGCUAAAAGGCAUCCUGGCCCGCACUCACCAGUGGCUGCAGGGACAGGUCCAGAACCUGGACACAGAGAAGCAACUCUCGCUGCUCGUCCUCCAUGGGGUCCUGCUGUACCGACAGAACUACGCUCCGUGGACACAGGCCGCCUCCUACCUCUGGUGAGUCAGUCAGGGGGCUCUCUGGGUUCAGGUCCCGCCUUUGGAGGCCACGGAGAACAAGCCUCUUCUGCCUUCCGUGCGUGGAGGACGAGUCACGGGGAGGUCUUGGCAGGCCUCAAGGCCCUUGAGAAGCUGAGCUGCAUGGCAGACAACUCCGAGGAAGCGCAGCUGCAGCUGGCAGGGACCAUCCUCUACGGAGGCCACGUUCUGGAUGAGGGGGAUGCGCAGGCAGUGGAGAGCUUGUGCCAGCAGUGCUUGGCCCCCUCUUCCCACCUGCUGCCUGGCUGUGGCCUUCAGAGGCUCCUGGCUGCGGUCAUCGGCCACACAGGCCCAGGGUUCUUCGGAGAUGAGGCCUUGGCAGCCACCCAGGGCCGGAUGGAGCAGCUGCCCAGCCCCAUGGACCCCACCUGGGUAGGCCUUUGCGGCGGCCUGCAGACCCAAAUGCUGGCCAGGCGCAGCCAAGCCCUGCUCUCGGCCCUGAAGGCGUCCCAGGGCCUUUGGUCUUGCUGGACCUGCCAGCCCCCGACGACGCUGGAGCAGGUGGCCAAGCAAGGCCUGGAGGUGGUGCAGGAACUGCAGAAGCAGCUGGACCAAUGUGGCUGGGAGGUGGGAGCUCAAGGGCGACCACCCUUCGGACAGCCGCGCCACAAAGCCCGCCCCCUACAGCGCUUCCUGCUGGAGGAGGCGGGCGCCUUCCGGGCCGUGCUGGAGCAGGUGGGCAGGGACCUGGCCUGCAUCCAGCAGGGCCUGCAAGGACUGCCCUGUUCCUCCCCACGCUGCACCGCUGUCCUGCAGGCCCUGCAGCGGCAGCAGCUGCCCCGCCACUGGCUCCCCUACACCCCCACUGGCCCGGAGCCCUUGCAGGACUGGCUGGGGACUCUCCAGCGGCGGGGCGAGCUUCUGUGCCGCUACCUUCACUCCAUUGGGGGGGAGCCGGUGGUCUGCUACCAGCUGGCAGCCUUCCAGCAGCCCCAGCGCCUCUUCUUGGCCCUGCUCCAAGAGACGGCCCAGGCCAAGAAGCAAGAACCGGAGAGCUUCCGCCUGGACCAGCAGGUGUUGCCCAGCCUGCUGCCCCCCAGCAUUGCCCCCGAGAAGGGCCUCUACCUGGGUGGCCUGGAGGUCUACCACGCUGGCUGGAAUGCCCAAGGCGGCCAUCUCCAGGAGAGCCAAUCGGCACAAGCCUGCCAGCUGCCUUCAGUUUGGGUACAAGCCACCCGAGAGCCCUGGGUGGCAGCCUCUGUCCCCGACAAGUAUCAAUGCCCUGUGUACCUGGGAACCCCCCAGGCAGCCCCGGACCUCCGCAUUCAGCGGGUCGUCAUGCACCUGGCUCUCCCUUCCAAGAUGCCUCCUGAGCUGUGCACCCAGCAGCGGGUUCACGCCAUCAGCAUUCUGCGGUGAGAAGCCACCAGAAGGGAGAAAUCCCGGGGUCAAGCUGUCCCAAACCUCCCUCUUCGUAGAGAUUGCUACCAUAACUACAGAAAUAAAGCCAUAUAUUAUGAGUGUGUACAAAA